ACCCCACCCCACAAGCACACGAACACACACCGACUCCCGUCAGCGGCCGCUCGCGUCACAACGCAAUUGGAACAUGAUUAGCGCUUUAGUGGCUCCGCCAAUGCCGGGCGCCACUACACGCCGCACACCCGUGGGUGGUGGUCCGGGCACGAAGGACGUCGUAACCGCCUCGGCCAUGGAUCUUCUUUACUUCCUGAUGAUCCGCUUCAAGAAGUUACAAGCUGACAGUUGUUAAUGUCACUCGACCACCUGGAGGCUCACAGCUGGCUCAGAUGCACAAAACACCUUGUCAGUGACCAUGAGAGAGAGCAGCCUGUCCCCAAAGGGCUGAUUAAUUUCCUGUCAGUCCCAUGUCAAGCGUCUAGCUGCGCGCAUCCUUGUGGAUGAUAUUUGUCAGCCUGGCAUUAAUCGCACGGGAAGUGGGACAAUCUGCCUCCAUGGGCUUCGACAACGACACCAACCAGACGCUCCCGGGGGUGACCCCCUUGAGCCUGCACAUCUCCCUGCCGCUCACGAUGCUGGUGAGCAUCAUAAUCCUGCUCACUGUGUUUGGAAACGUCCUGGUAGUCAUAGCUGUGUUUACAAGCCGGGCUCUGAGGGCGCCGCAAAACCUGUUCCUGGUAUCCCUGGCGUCGGCGGACAUUUUAGUGGCUACCCUGGUGAUGCCCUUCUCCUUGGCCAAUGAGAUCAUGGGAUACUGGUACUUUGGGGAGGUGUGGUGCGAGAUCUACCUGGCCCUAGAUGUUCUUUUCUGCACCGCCUCCAUCGCGCACCUCUGCGCUAUCAGCUUGGACCGCUACUGGUCCAUCACGCAGGCCAUUGAGUACAACCUGAAGAGGACGCCGCGCCGCAUCAAGUGCAUCAUCUUCAUCGUUUGGGUCAUUGCAGCCGUGAUCUCCUUCCCGCCUCUAAUCACCAUGGAGAAGGAAAACAACAAGGAGGACCCUGCUUGCGAGAUCAACAACGACAAGUGGUACGUCAUCUCCUCCUGCAUCGGCUCCUUCUUUCUCCCCUGCGUCAUCAUGGUCCUGGUCUACGUUAGGAUCUACCAGAUAGCCAAAAAGAGGACAAGGGCGCCCCCGGGGGAGCGGAAACGGAUGGACAAGUCGAAUACCAUCGCAGCCUCCAACCAGAAGGAGAAUGGGGUGGCCACAGGUGAGGCGGAGAAACUUAAGGAACAUGAGGACAUUGAGCUGAAGGAAGGGGCGGCGGGCAAAGAAGGCGAGGUCAACGGUGUGGACAUUGAUGAGUCGUCUUCUUCUGACCACAAAGUCAACAAUCCGUGCUCUAUGAAAAAGAAAGCUGCCAAGGGCAAGAGCAAAAUCAAGCCAGGAGACGGCGAUGUGCAGAAGAAAAGCUCCAGGGGAAGCCGCUGGAAGGGCCGACAGAACAGAGAGAAGCGCUUCACCUUCGUCCUGGCGGUGGUCAUUGGAGUGUUUGUCAUCUGCUGGUUCCCCUUCUUCUUCACGUACAUGCUGAUGACGCUGUGCGAAUCGUGCCCCGUCCCAGACACCCUCUUCAAGUUCUUCUUCUGGUUCGGCUAUUGCAACAGCGCGCUGAACCCUAUCAUCUAUACCAUUUUUAACAAUGACUUCCGGAGGUCCUUCAAAAAGAUUCUGUGCAAGAGGGACCCGAGACGAUACGGAUGAUGGACCACAAUGCUUGUAAAUACCUUCGUUCAGCAUAUUCCGUACACAAGUGAUAAGAUAAAUAUGUUCAUAUGCUUUUGGUGCGACUCCUUGGAAAGUGGUGGCAUAGAGUUGGUUACCAGCGCCCAGGCAAAAAUACUGGGCCACUGGUGUGGCUCACGUCCACCGGUCCAGUAGUGCCACUGUAAUUCAAGCUCAUACUUGGGAAAGCGGUGAGCCAAAACAUGUUGGGGGUGGGGUAUAUUUAAAACAGCAUAUUAUGUUCAUUUGUGGCACUGCCUAUUACUGUCAAUUUUCAUCAGUCUGAGGGAAAAAAAGGAUUUUGGUCAAAGUCUCAUAGACCUCAUCACCGGGUAGUUUCAUGACUGACAGGGACUCUUGCAUGUGUCAGGGAGGGGGGGUUGCAAAGUGCAUUGAGAACAGCAAAGUUGGGCAGUAAACCAGUGAUUUGUAAAUCUACUACUAUACAAACUAUAUUUUUCAGUCCCCCACCCCAUAUAUUUUCAUCCAAAGAGACCCCCCCACAACCCCCCGUUCCUUUCGCCCACGCUACAAUACUACUUGAUGAGCUUUUGCAAACUGAACUUUACAUACAACAUUGACUUGAUUCCUGCUGAUUUGAAAAGCAUCUACCAUGCAGCUUCAGCAUAAACCUUGAAAACCCAGGGCGGGUCUGAGCAGUACUUUUAUUGUAAAUGUAUUUUUUUUUUUUAAAUAUAUAGCAUCUAAGUCAAUGUAUUGUUUUAUUUUGCUAUAAUUUGGUGUACAAAACCUGUCUGAAUAUUGCUAUGAAUACUGUAUUGUGCCAUUUUGGACGAUAUGAAAACUGUCUGGAAUGGUGUUGAUGAUGGUGAUCACAAUAUGCGGAAAAUGGCACCACUUGAAUAAAACCCAUUCCCUGAAACUGUUUCAGGCUCUGCGUUAACUUGUGCUAUCAAUGUAGUGAUGUCAUCUCACAUUAA